AUGGAAAUGGACUGUGGUCCAGUGGACUGUGAUCCAGUGGACUGUGGUCCAGUGGACUGUGUUCUAGUGGACUGUGCUCCUGUGGACUGUGUUCUAGUGGACUGUGUUCUAGUGGACUGUGCUCCAGUGGACUGUGUUCCAGUGGACUGUGUUCUAGUGGACUGUGAUCUAGUGGACUGUGUUCCAGUGGACUGUGUUCCAGUGGACUGUGUUCUAGUGGACUGUGAUCCAGUGGACUGUGUUCUAGUGGACUGUGAUCCAGUGGACUGUGAUCCAAUGGACUGUGUUCCAGUGGACUGUGUUCCAGUGGACUGUGAUCCAGUGGACUGUGUUCCAGUGGACUGUGCUCCAGUGCUUUAG